CAGAUCGCAUAGAGGACAAACCCGAGAGAGAGAGAGGCGUUUGAGACGAGAAAACCCAAACCCUAAAAGGACGAUUUUUUUCUUGGAGGGAAAGGGAAAAAGAGAGAGGAAAUCUCCCAAAUUUCGACAAAUUCCCCCCAUUUCUUUCCCCCCAUCGCCCCUCCAAAUCUUCCCACUAGCUCCCGAUCCCGCUUCUUUCUCUCGAUUUCGAAUCCUUAUAACACUGAUCUCGAAUUUCGAAACGCUAAUCGUCCAUCUAGGGUUUUCUAGGGUUGCCCAAGGUCCGGCUCCACGGCUUCGGCCAAUGCCGUGGCGGCCAUGACGACGGAGGUGGCAGCAACGACGCUGAGGCUGGAUCCACCGCCGCCGCCGCCCCGCCCCGCCGGUUGCGGCGGCGACCGCUGCGACGCCCAGGACCCCUGGCCGCUCCACCAUGUCCGCCACCGCACCGUGUUCUGCCGCCUCUGCACCUCCUGCGUCCUCAAGUACCACGCUGGAUCCUUCUGCGUCGCCUGCUUCGAGCUCCUCGACGCCCUCCCACCGCCGCCGGCGGCGGCUCCGCCCGCCCUUGUCCGCUGCUCUAGGUGCCCGUCCAUCGCCCACUCCGCCUGCCUCCCGGAAGCCGAGCGCGCAUCCACCUACCUCUGCCCUAGCUGCGCCGACCCCGACGGCUUCUCUUACUUUCGCGUCAGCAAGGAUGGACGGCAGCGAUCGUUUGAUCUCACGUCGGCGAAGGUGCUCCUCGCCGCCACCCGGCUGUCUGUGGCCUCCAUGAGCAGGGCAGCGGUGGCUGCGAGGGCCGAAGCAGAGAGGAAGGUCAGGGAGGCGGCACUGUCGAGGAAGAGAGCGAGGGAGAUGCUGGAGAGGGUCUUCACGCUCUCGAAGAUGGAGAAGGAGAAGAAGAUGAAGGAAGCUAAUGAGGCCGUGGUGGUUCCCGUGCCGGAGGUGACGGAGCCAAAGAAGAAGAUGCCAAAGUUGAGCAGCACGGUGUUCACCAUGGUGGGGCAGAAGAGCGUGCAGAACAGGGAUACUGAUAGGUGGAUGAAGUUCCAGGAGCCUGUGGCAAUGGCACCGAAGCCAGUUCAAUGUCUUGUAGAUGAUAAAAGCAAGGUGGCUUCUUUAACUGGGAUGCACAACCAUGCUAAUAAUGGUGACAUGAAAGGCAAUUCAGGGAGUGUGCCGCAUGCUGGAAAUAAUGUUGGCCAAAUGGAGAGCAAGGAAAGGGGAGUUCUUUCUGGUACUCAGGGUGCUUUUGUUAAGGAGGAGGAUGGUGCUGUGGGUAGAUGCUGAUAGUGGUCCUAGGUUCCCUCAACCAACUCAAGAUGCAUCAAUCUCUUGGACCAACUUCAGAGAUAUAUUCAUGGGUUCGCCGAACAACGUGACUCUGCAUUCAUGAGUGGGUUUUGUGGGUCUUUAUAUGUUUUGAUUUUAGUCCCUGAUGGAUGCCUGCAAUCGUUUGGAGAUUGGUGAGAACAUUUUGUAUGUACUCCAUUUUUUCUUUUUCGUAGUCAAGUGUCAAAAUUUGAUCCAAUUGCAUCUUUCAAUUGAACUAGAGUUUCCUAAUUGUGCUGCCAUUUUUCAUUAGUUAAUGCUUUGAACUUCAAAAUAUAUUUCUUA